GGUUACUGAGCAUGCUCGCUCACCGGAGCAAACCCAGCGGGCUGGGGAGCGGAGGCGAGAGCGGCAGGAGCAGGCACUUUAGCUGCAGCACGCGGAGCUGAGCGGGAGCCCGCCCUGGCUCCGGGACUUCCCUCCCAGCAGCGAGAGCACCAGGGCUGGGCUGCAGCGGCCGGCGCGGAGAGCAGGAGCGGACCCCGCCCCGCAGGGGAGCAGGGGUGCGCGGACUCGCGAGCACCGGGCAGCUGAGCGGAGCCCGGGAGGAAGUGAGGGUGCGAGCAGCAGGAGCAAGCAGCAGCGAACCCGGUGGCGGUGACUGGCCGGGGACCCAAUGGGGCCAAGCGGCGGGCGCUCGGGAGAAGUGGUAGUAGCCCCGGGGGGAGCGACCCAGCCAUGCUCCAGUCUCCAGGGGAGAAUCAGUCUCGGCUCUCCCCGCCUCUCCCACUUUCGCUGCUGUUGCAGCAGCUUGGGCCGCCUGCAGUGGGCGCUGGGGAGCCGCCCGGGGCUCCGGGCCCAGCGCAGAUGGUAGCUGGCAGCCUGCUCUCCCUGCUGAUCCUCUGGACGCUGUUCGGCAACGUGCUGGUGUGUGUGGCCAUCAUCCGCUUCCGGCACCUGAGGAGCAAGGUCACCAACAUCUUCAUUGUGUCCUUGGCCGUCUCUGACCUCUUGGUGGCCCUCCUGGUGAUGCCCUGGAAGGCAGUGGCCGAGGUGGCUGGCUACUGGCCCUUUGGGGCUUUCUGCAAUGUCUGGGUGGCCUUUGAUAUCAUGUGCUCCACCGCUUCCAUUCUGAACCUCUGCGUGAUCAGCGUGGACAGGUACUGGGCCAUCUCCAGCCCUUUCAGGUACGAGAGGAAGAUGACCCAGAGGGUGGCUUUGGUGAUGAUCAGCGUGGCUUGGGCUUUGUCAGUCCUCAUCUCCUUCAUCCCGGUCCAGCUUAACUGGCAUAAGGGCGGGGAGGCUGUUGCUGAUGGUGGGGGUGAACUUGACACCACCUGGGCUGCAGCAGGCACAGGCACUGGCACUGCCACCUGGGCGGAAGGGAUUGGCACCACUUGGACAGCAGUCAUGAGACCCUCUGAGGGGACCCCCAGCAGCAAUGAGACCCAUGAGGGACAGGCUGAGAGCUGUGAUUCCAGCCUCAACAGGACCUAUGCUAUCUCCUCUUCACUGAUCAGCUUUUAUAUCCCAGUGGCCAUCAUGCUAGUCACUUACACACGGAUCUACCGUAUUGCUCAAGUGCAAAUCCGCAGGAUCUCCUCCCUGGAGAGGGCAGCUGAGCAUGCACAGAGCUGCCGGAGCAACCACGUUGACUGCCACCACCACACCAGCCUCAAGACUUCCAUCAGAAAAGAGACUAAGGUCUUGAAGACCCUGUCAGUCAUCAUGGGAGUCUUUGUCUGUUGCUGGCUGCCCUUCUUCAUCCUGAACUGCAUGGUUCCCUUCUGUGAGAGCCCUCCUAAUGACCCACAUGCUAGCCUUCCCUGUGUCAGUGAGACCACCUUUAAUAUUUUUGUCUGGUUUGGUUGGGCCAACUCAUCCCUUAAUCCCAUCAUCUAUGCUUUCAAUGCUGACUUCAGGAAGGUUUUCUCCAACCUUUUAGGGUGCAGUGAGUUUUGCUCUAGCACUCCAGUGGAGACUGUCAAUAUAAGCAAUGAACUCAUCUCCUACAAUCAAGACACCCUUUUCCAUAAGGAAAUAGUGACUGCUUAUGUCAACAUGAUCCCUAAUGUGGUUGAUUGCAAUGAUGAUCCUUUUGACAGGAUGUCCCAGAUCUCGCCAGAUCAUGAGAUUGCCACAGAUUCUGUGUGUGAGCUAGACUGUGAGGGGGAGAUCUCUCUAGACAAAAUAACACCUUUUACCACAAAUGGUUUACAUUAAAUACCUUAUCUACUUUUACUGGAUUGUACAACAAAUUAUAAACACAGAAUGAAAAGACUCCUGGACUCGAAGCUGUAAUUUGGCCAGUCAGUUCACCCCAAUUGUAUCUAGCACUUUUAAGGUUUAGAAAUUGCCACACAGAGAUGACAAAACUAACUUAAUUCAACAUCCCCUAAAUUGAGAGAGGACUAGGGAGUUAAAUCAGCGCCACAAUAUUAUCACAAUUAGUUAAUGUCUUUAAAAAGCUCUGAAGAGGGAAAGUGCUCUCAAAACAUUGUGACUUAUGAGAAGAGAACAGGUGUUGAAAUGAUAUAGUCACUAAAAAAUUCUUAGAUUGUUCAGUUCUUGUUUUGUUUGAAUUUCCUUUGGAGCUAAGGAUUGGGUUGUUGGUGAAUUAUUUAAAUGUACUUAUUUCUGUUUCUUUCAAAACAACUUCUCUGUAAUUCAUGUUUUCCUAGGCAGUGUUAUUGCCUUUGAUGACUUGCCUGGUUCCGAAGAUGAAAAUAAAUGUUAAUGACCAAGAGAUUAUAUUUCCUUCAUUAGCCUGAAGAUUUGCAUUGUAUACUCAAAUUCCAGCAUUUCUACUUGAAUGAUUAAAGUUACUUAUUUCAGUAGCAAACUACAGUCUGUGGAAAUAGGAUGUUUGAGUUAAUUCAGUGCACAUAGGAAAAAACUGAUUUUUAUACUAGCUCUUUUUUGAUACAUGAGCUAGAUUGUUACCUACUGUUUUUGUUCCUUCUCAUUAAUUGUCAUGGAUGUCUUUUAUUAGUCAUUAUUUUCUGUAUUUAAAAUAUCAAACAAAUAUACUUAUAAAAUAUUAAAUCUUAAAUCUAAACCUGAAUGAGCUUUUAAGAGUAUGGUAAGCAAAGAAUAUCCUCCUAUGAUACUAUGCACUAAACUAUGUGUUUCCUAUAAUUAAGAAAAUUGUCAAUAAUUAGUCAUACCAUGGUUGCUGCUAGGUUUUGCAGUUGCAAUGAGCUCUCACAAAUGAGGGUGUGGCUGUUGAAUUUUAAACCAAAAUCUAAUGUUUUGAUGAAUCUUUAAUUCAAACUUUUAACAUGCUAAAGCUAUUUAAUGAGAUUUAGGAUUAGAAGGUUUUAAUACAGAUUUUGAAAAAUGUAUUAAUUCUAUUCAAUCAUUCCAUGUACAAUGAAAUAUUUUAGAAUAUAUUAGAAUAGUUAUGCAUAUCUGCUCAGAAAAUGGAAGAGAGUUAUUACUUCUCUGGCAGUUUAUUGAA